UCAUGGGACAAGGAUCCAGCUUUCCUGGAUGGCAUUUUGGCAGAACAGAUCAAAUAGGCUCCUCCCCUUCCCCACCACACAGCCCCCUAAAACCAGGCCAGGUCCCCUCCCAGCUUCUGACAGGUGUUCAUGUACCUCGGGCUGGGAUGGGGAGGGGAGGUUCCAGUCCUGCAGACACAAGGAUCAGCGCUGUGGGGGGAGCAGGGCGGCUUGUUUCCCAGGGAAAGGAGGUUUCAGAGAGGGGCACGCGCCACUGGGACCACAUGCUACCGACUGGGACCAGGAGACCUGAGUUCUGCUUUCAACGUGGCUACAACCCAGCUGGGGACCUGGGCAAGUCCUUCUUCCCUGUCUGGCCUGACACCCAUAGAAUAAGGAUGUUACGCCAAAGGGCUCUGAAGCCUCAACCAAACGCUAAAACGCAGCGAGCCCCUCUGCCCCGCCACCUCUCAGUGGGCAGCCCAUCAGUGGGCUCCCAGUCCCCUCCCAGCCCAACUCCAAGGCUGCCCAUUGCCAGCCGCCCGCCGGCCCCGGACGAGCUCUCCCUUAUUAUCAUCCAAGUCACUUUGCCCCUGGGUCUCAUCACACUCUCCACUUGCACCUGCUCGGUGCCAGGUACUGAUCUAGGUCCUGGGGAUAUCAGAGAAGGAGCAGGCAAAACCCCUGCCCUGUGAGCUGAUAGGCAGGAGAGGCGAACAAGACUUGCACUUGGCCGCUGAGCUGGGGAAGACGCUGCUGGAGAGGAACAAGGAGCUGGAGGCGUCGCUGCAGCACAUGUACGCCACCAACGAGGAGCAGGUGCAGGAGAUCGAGUACCUGACCAAACAGCUGGACACACUGCGCCACGUGAACGAGCAGCACGCCAAGGUGUACGAGCAGCUGGACCUGACAGCCCGAGACCUGGAGCUGACCAACCAGAAGCUGGUGCUGGAGAGUAAGGCUGCGCAGCAGAAGAUCCACGGGCUGACGGAGACUGUUGAGCGCCUGCAGGCCCAGGUGGAGGAGCUGCAGGCCCAGGUGGAGCAGCUUCGGGGCCUGGAGCAGCUGAGAGUGCGCCGGGAGAAGCGGGAGCGCAGGCGCACCAUCCACACCUUCCCCUGCCUCAAGGAGCUGUGCACCAGCAGCCCCCGGUGCAACGAUGCCUUCCGCCUGCACAGCUCCUCCCUGGAGCUGGGCCCCCGGCCCCUGGAGCAAGAGAAUGAGAACCUGCAGACGCUGGUGGGAGUGCUGCGCUCCCAGGUGAGCCAGGAGCGGCAGCGCAAGGAGCGGGCGGAGCGCGAGUUCGCGUCGGUGCUGCAGGAGUACUCGGAGCUGGAGCAGCAGCUGAGCGAGAUGGAGGGCUGCCGCCUCCGCGUGCAGGAGCUGGAGGCCGAGCUGCUGGAGCUGCAGCAGAUGAAACAGGCCAAGACCUACCUGCUGGGCCGGGAGGACCACCUGGCCGAGGCCCUGCUGGCCCCCCUCACCCAGGCCCCGGAGGCCGAUGACCCCCAGCCAGGCAGCGGGGACGAGUUCGGGGCCCAGGACGGCGUCUCCUCCCCGGGCCCCUCCCCCAGCCACGCCGUGCGCAAGAGCUGCAGCGACACGGCGCUCAACGCCAUCGUGGCCAAAGACCCCGCCGGCCGGCACGCGGGCAACCUCACGCUGCACGCCAACAGCGUGCGCCGGCGGGGCAUGUCCAUCCUGCGCGAGGUGGACGAGCAGUACCACGCGCUGCUCGAGAAGUACGAGGAGCUGCUGAGCAAGUGCCGGCAGCACCGCGCGGGCGUGCGGCACGCGGGCGUGCAGACCUCGCGGCCCAUCUCCCGGGACAGCUCGUGGAGGGACCUGGGGGGCAGCGAGGAGGGCCAGGGCGCGGCCAAGGCGGGCGCCAAGAGCCUGAGCCAGCACGUGGAGGCCGUGGACAAGCGGCUGGAGCAGAGCCAGCCCGAGUACAAGGCGCUCUUCAAGGAGGUCUUCUUGAGGAUCCAGAAGACCAAGGCCGACAUCAACGCCACCAAGGUCAAGACCCACAGCAGCAAGUGACCCUACGCCGGCCUGCAGCCUCCCCGCGGCGGGCCAUGGGCCCCUCGAGCCCGGGCCCGCUGCCUCUGGUGAGGGAGGGCGCCUUUUGGCAGCAAUACAUCCCCGUGGAGGCCGCUCCAGAGAGCUCGCGGGGCGGGGGGCACCGCUGCUGCCCGCAGGUGUGGGGGCGAUCCGCAUGUCAACAUGCCUGGCCUCCCAGAGCCCUCCACCGUCCUGUGUCAGCCCAAGGCACAGCUCUGAGUUUCAAAGCCAAACGUCCCCCCUUCCCUGGGGGUUCCCAGUCCCCCAGCUUUCUGACCCUAGAUUCGUGGCCAGGCUUCUAAGCCAUCUGGACCAGUUGUUGUUUUGUUUUGCCCCAAAGUUUGGGGUUUUUUGAGAGAUUUGCAAUGUAAGGUCCCCCUGACCCCUUGCCACAACUGGAAACACUUGAAGGGGGACCCCAGAGCCCGCUGUGGCCGGUUCCUGGGGUCUCCUUGACCACCCACUGCUUCUCCCCAGCUGUGACACUGUCAUUCCCUUAGCACCAGCUGUCCCACCCCUAGGGUCCUACCCAGGUCAGAGAUGGCCCUGCCGUGCAGAGCAGAGAGCCUCAGCCUGCCCGCCCCACUCCAGCCCUAGUGAGGUGGCCUUCUCCCUGGAGACCCUCAGCCCCCUGCAGAUCUGUAGCCAAUCAGAGGAGGGGAACAGAACCCCUCGCAGCCAUACACGAGCGGUGCACCAUUUCCCUCAGAGCCAGCCUCCUGGGGUUCCAGCCCCGGAAAUGCCUCUGGGCAUUAAGCCUUGUAGGGGUCUGGGCGGUGGGGAGCCCCCAUCUCUGCACCCCGCCUGCAACUCCUUGAGUUUGGCCUCUGCCUGCCCCACCUCAGGGACCAUAACGUGUCUCAUUCACUCCCAUGCUCCCCAGAGCUGACCCCACAGCAGUCACACCUGCUCCCCCAGAAUGUCCUGGGCACGUGCAACAGCCAGUGGUCCCAGCGUCCACCUCUGCACCCUUUCACCCAAGACUCGCCCCACACUGACCGGUUUUGAAAUGCGACCCGGAUGGAGAACAGGUCUCCUUCCCAUAGAAAGCCUGCUCUUAACCUCCUGCCCAUGUGGGGGCCUUGAGGACCCAGGAGUCAGAGGUUAAUCAUCUUUGGUCAGGGCUUUAGAAAGUCCAGCUGCAACUAAGAGACGCCAAGGUCCCCAGCUUGACCUGAGCCCCUCUUCAAGGCUUCCCAUCUCUGCCGUCCAACCUGAGACCCAAGAAAUCGGAGGAGCCAGACAGCCCAGUGAAGGCGGUGGCCCGGCCUCCGCUGGGAGCCCAGCGGGAACCUUCAUGCCUUACUUGUUUCUAGGGGCACAGGGGUCUGACACCCGCCCGACCUCCCCCGAGGCGCCACCUGCUCUCUGGGCCGCACUGUACUGAGCUGUCGGCCAUCCUCUGGCCACACACCUUGGAGCCCUUUGUCCUCUGGAGCUGGGCAGCUCCCAGCCCUCCACGUGUAGGUCAUCUAGUGGGGAGGGGUGGGUGCGCGGGGGUGGGGGAAGGGCUCCUGCCUGUUUGUUCCCCAGUUCUGUAGCAGCCCACCAGCAUCACCUUUGAAGUAUACAUGAGAGAAAUAUAUUUGCAAAUGCUUUAUUCUCUUCUUUAAUAAAAAAUGCACCAGUAUUCUAAAAGCAGAAA